GCUGCGCUCGCGCAUAGUGCGAGUUCAUUAAAUAUAUCAUUAAUUCAUUUGUAACAUCUCAUAGUACCGCGUCGUACGAGAUUUUGAUUGUCUUUCUAAGUGUGUGUUGUGGCUUAGUGUUUGUGAUAUAUAUAUUUUUUGUUGAAUUUUUAUAAGAUAUUAACCAGAGAUGGAGCCACUGCAGGUUGAAAUCGUACACUUCUACCCUAGGGAAAAUGCGAAGCCACAUAAUACAACAAAAUAUGAAGUGGUGAACGAAGAGAAUCCGACAGUCACCAUCGUGCGCCGUGGCCAGCCGUUCAGUGGAGUCGUGAGGUUUACCAGACCUUACGAUGAGGCCAACGAUAUCAUCCAGCUAGUGUUUUCUAUUGGUGACCAGCCUUCGAUGGACACUGUCGGAAAGAUGUUCAUACGACGUGAUGCUGUACCGGAUAUACAUGCAUGGACAGCCACUCUCUUAGACGUACAAGAUGGAAACACUGUCUCUUUCAAGGUAUCAGCUCCCGUCACCGCACCAGUUGGUGCCUGGGUGCUCCGUGUGGUCACAUGGCAGAGGGAUUCCGGAGAACGCACAGUCUACGAUUUUGAUCAAGACAUCUACAUCCUCUUUAACCCAUGGAUUCCUGAUGACCAGACCUACAUGGAAGACAAUACUCUUCUACAGGAAUACGUAUUAAAUGAUGUGGGUAAAGUUUGGGUUGGUCCCGUGAAGACCACUAGAGGAAAACCCUGGCUCUUUGGACAGUUUGAUGCGGUUGUCUUAGAUGCCUGCAUGUUCAUGCUGGAUCGGGCUGAAUUGCCUUUCAAGCACCGAGGGGAUCCAGUGAAGAUGACCCGUGCCAUCUCCCGUAUUGUGAACUCCAACGAUGAUGGUGGUGUACUAGUGGGUCGCUGGGAUGGAAUGUACGAUGAUGGAACUGCUCCAUCCGAGUGGACUGGCUCCGUGGACAUCCUGGCGCAGUUCUUGGAGACACAAGAACCUGUGUCUUAUGGACAGUGCUGGGUUUUCGCUGGUGUCGUCACUACUGUAUGCCGUGCCCUCGGGAUUCCAUCGCGUGUUGUCUCCAACCUGGUGUCAGCUCACGAUGCCAACAGCACCCUGACUGUGGACAAAUACUUUUCGGAAACUAUGGAGGAGUUGGGAUAUGACCCGAGCAAUGCUGAACCAGAACAGACAGAUUCCAUCUGGAACUACCAUGUCUGGAACGAUGUUUGGAUGUCCAGACCUGAUCUUCCGGCUGGUUACGGAGGCUGGCAAGCUAUCGAUGCUACUCCUCAGGAGACCUCACGAGGAAUGUACCAGUGCGGUCCAGCUCCACUAGAAGCCAUCAAGCAAGGAGCCAUAGGAAUGAACUACGAUGUGGAGUUCAUGCUGGCUUCAGUCAACGCUGACCUGAUGAAGUGGAGGAUUGAUCCUAACUUGGAAACUGGUUUCGCAAUGGUGGGCAGCAAUACUUAUCACAUUGGCCGCAUGAUCCUCACGAAGAAACCAUACGUGUUUGACCCCAACGGUGAUGAGGACCGGGAGGAUAUCAUUGACCAGUACAAGUUCAGGGAAGGAACGGCAUCCGAGCGACUUGCCCUCAUGAACGGAGUUCGGUUCUCUGAAAGAGCGAAAAGAUAUUACUCGGUAGCUAGCAGUAUGAAAAAUGACAUCAUAUUCAAGUUGUGCGACAUGGACACAGUACCUAUUGGCCAAGAUUUCAAGGUCAUUGUGGAAAUUGAGAAUACUUCUGAUGAGGGCCGUAAUAUAAAGGCGUCUCUGACAGCAAACAGCGUGUACUACAACGGAGUGAGGGCAGGAGUCAUUAAGAAGGCUGAAGGUCAUAUGUUUAUUAAUGCUGGCAAAAAGGACCAGAUCAUGCUUUCUGUGAAAUCGGACGAUUAUCUGCCAAAGUUAGUGGAGUAUGAGAACAUGAAGAUCUCUGCUAUGGCUAUCGUGAUGGAGACCAAGCAAUCCUGGGCAGAGGAAGACGACUUCCAGAUUAUCAAGCCUAACAUUAAUAUUAAGUUCAACGAAGAUCUAAUCCUCAACACGCCCGCGACAGCAGUCCUGUCGUUCACGAACCCUCUCGACCGCGGCCUCACUGGAUGUGAGUUCAGACUGUCUUCAUCAGGCAUUGAAGGCCGUACCCUGAAGCUACAGGCUUCUGACGCUGCACCCAAGGAACCAAUCAGCGUGGAAAUUCCUAUUCUGCCUAAAAAACUUGGCAGCAUCAACUUUGUAGCGAGUUUCAAAUCAGCAGAGCUAAAGGACAUCAAUGGAGCGGCAACCGCUGAAGUAUACGAAGGAUAAAACACCUUAUUAAUUAGUUAUUAAGAAAUAUUUUACGUUACAACCAUUAUUUUUGUACUAUUCUAUCAUUUUACGAGUAUAUUUUAGUCAUUUUUAUUAGUUAUUUUAAUCUUAAAAAAUACGUAAAUAAUUUUAUAAUUUUAAAUCAAUUUCUCGAAUUUUAUUUUUCGUUGUUUUUUUUAGUUUUUGUGAGUCGUAUGUGCCAAUGUAUAGUUUUAAGUUUAUUAUCGUUAGAAAAACUAUAUUAUGACGGCAGCGCCAUGGAUUUUUAAUAUAAGUAUAAUAAAUAAAUAAGAAUAAUCAAUAAAUGGUGUCAAAAGCCAUAUUUUUUAUAUAGUUAUUCAACAUGUGCCAUAUUCGUAUGGCUAGCAUUUGAUAAUUUUAUAGUUUUGUAUUAAAAGUUUCAAAAUUAUAAGUUUGUAAUUUUAAAUUAAAUAGAUAUUAUAUAGGUGGGACAAAGCCCCGAAAAAUGCGUAA